UCUCCUUUUAAAUAUUUCCAAAUAGCAGCACAAGAAGAAGAGAAGGGAAGGCGGGAAGACUCCAUAAACUCUUCUCGAAGAAGCAAAAGAGAAAAAUGGAAACAAGUUCAAGUCCAACGACGAGACACACUUUCCUGAAGAUAGAGAUCCCGAGCACCGAACCAAUCUUCGUCAAAGGCACGUGGUUCGACACUCACUUCGACAUCUCCAUCACCGACGGCCUCCACGCUUGGGUCUGCAACGCAACGGAGGAGGAGGUUAAGGAAAGAGCGGCUCAGUGGGAUCAGCCGGUCACUGAGUACAUUGAAUUAGCCGAACGUUAUUUAGGGUUCCAACAGCCCGGUUCGGUCUACCGAUUCGCUGAUGCCGGCGACGACCAAAAAAGACUUUCAUGGACGUUCGAAAAGGAAGGGACUAAGCUGGAAUGGCGGUGGAAAUUCCGGCCGUCGCCUGAUAGCCGGAAGAUUACCGGAGGAAUUUUGGACUUUCUUAUGGACGCAAACAUUAGGCUAAGUGAAGAAGUUGUUAGAAAAACUCAAUCCUUUGAGAAGCUGAAAGUGGAAGCUGAGAAAUGUUUAGAACAAAGUGAGAGAUCUACCAAUGAGAAGAUGGAGUUUGAAUCAGAAAUUUAUGCAAAGUUCCUUGGCGUCUUGAAUUCAAAGAAGGCAAAACUCAGGGAGCUUCGAGAUCAGCUUUCAAAACAGGAAACUACAGGAAAAGCUCUGAUGGAAGAGGAAGACUCCACUGACAAAACUGAGAGUUACCGCACCGGAAGUGAUGCUGAGGAAAGUGAAGAAGAACCUGAAAAGAAUCUUACAAGCACUUCCAAGGAUGUUUUGGCAGCAGCAGGUAGGGGUCGUGGUCGUAAGAGAGCCAUGUGCAAGUAGCACCUAGUUGAAUGUAGAAUCUGGCAUGCAAUGCUAUGCCUGCCUUGCUUCUCCUUUUAUCUUUUUAUUUAUCCUUCUGUUGGAAUAUCUGUAAAUUCUUUUAACAACUGUACCAAGAUUCUAAGGAGCAAUAGAGAUACCCU